AUGAUGACGACAAAAUCUGCACCGGUUUUCUGGCGGGACACCCCGGUUCCAGAUGGCUCUUGUGGUGGUUGGGGAGGACGCGAGCUUGUCGAUUACUUCGAGGUCUCCCGCCUGGAUAUUGGCGGAUCCUCACUGCUGACGAUGGCCGGCUCACCCGUCGGCAGCCUGAUCGUCUUCGUCAUCAGCACGUCCGGUCUCGCCUCCGGACUGGGACAUAUUCCAUCAGGUGCCACUGUCGCGACCGAGGGUGCAUCGGGGUACUCAUCUCUCGCAGCGGGAGGCAGAAGUAGGUGUUGCUGGGGAUGAGACGAUGUUCUGCAAAGGUUCAAAGGAGGAGCAGACCAUUGUCAUUUGGGCUGCCGAGACCAUGGGGAACCAGCGCUCCUUCGACGGCAUGGCAUGUGCCGAAGUGGACGUUGAAGUCACCAAGGACAAUCAGCUUAUCCGCCUUCAGGACAGACGCCAGGAGGGCGUACAGGUCAUUGUAGAAUUUGUUUUUCGGUUCCUCAGAGCCGGUCAUCGGGGGAGCGUAGAAAUUGACGAUGGUGGCGACGUUGCCUCUCCGGAGAGGCAGUCGGAGACUCGUCAUGCGUUCCUUGAUGCCCUGCGGCGGACAGGGCAGUCGUCCUACAAUGUUUCGGAUGGUAAUGGUGACGCUUACAUCCCGUCGCUCUGCCCUGGGGCGACCGCUCUAGAAGAAGGUGUACCCGGGAGCCACGUCCUCCUGUUGGUAUUGUUCGAAAAACCGAGUCUUAUUGAGUGCAGUGGUGCCCACCUUGUAGCGCGCCAGUUCCCGAACGAUUUGCGCCGUCGUCCGUUCUUAUUGGGAACGAACACUCCAGGCUCACAGACAGUGAGCGACCUACCGGCCUGUGAGAUUGCACGAUAG